CCCGCCCAUAUGCCCCUCCCCACACACACCCAGCGGGCGGGAAGGCGUCAGCCAGACAGCGCCUCACACAGCCGCCGACCGAGCGACAGAGUGUGUCCUGGUCGUCACUUCGCCCUCAGCACCUAAGCAGGACAACACCCGCGGCGGCGGAGGGAGUGAACGGCAGCCCUGCAGGGGACAGCAGGGGAUAAUCUCUCUUGACAGAAAAUAUGGCGGCUGCGGCUGGGGCCUCGUCGAACCCCGGAGGGGGACCUGAGAUGGUGCGAGGACAGGCUUUUGAUGUGGGCCCGCGAUACACUAACCUGUCGUACAUCGGGGAGGGCGCCUACGGCAUGGUGUGUUCUGCAUAUGACAACGUCAACAAAGUACGAGUUGCCAUCAAGAAAAUCAGCCCCUUUGAGCAUCAAACGUAUUGCCAGAGAACAUUGAGGGAAAUUAAAAUCUUGCUGCGCUUUAAACAUGAGAAUAUUAUUGGAAUAAACGACAUUAUUCGGGCUCCAACCAUUGAGCAGAUGAAAGAUGUGUACAUUGUUCAGGAUCUUAUGGAAACUGAUUUGUACAAACUUCUGAAGACCCAGCACCUUAGCAACGACCACAUUUGUUAUUUUCUGUACCAAAUUCUGAGAGGCUUGAAGUACAUUCACUCAGCCAAUGUUCUACAUCGUGAUCUUAAACCAUCAAACUGCUUCUUUACACUACUGUGA